GUACAUACACAGAAAUACACACGCACGGACACGUACAUACACACAGACACAUGUACAUACACACACAGACAGACACAUGUAUGUACAUACACACACAGACACACACAGACACAUGUACAUACACACAGACACAUGUACACACACACAUACAUGUACAUACACACAGACACUUGUACAAUUGUACAUGCAUACACACAAACACACACACACAUGUACACACACACCCCAAUAAAAAGUUGCAGUACUUCGUUGUUCACUCACAGAUCCAGGUACUGCACCCUAGGGGGAGGCAGAGAGCACAGCACACACUCCUUCCUUUGCUUUCACUGCGCUCAGCUAUUGAGCAGUCUGACGGCUCCCAGUGCCAAUGACAGAUCCGGCCUGAGCUCCGAACCUGCUCAGCAAGACGGCCCUGGGGGACACACUUGUCCCCACCAUAAUUUCCUCUCGCCAUUGGCGAGCAGGCGAGUGGAAAUUUCAAGCCCUGCUCUA